AUGCGGAUACUUCUGCUAAUCGCACUUGUCGGCAGUUCGCAAGCCUUCUUGUGGAGCCUUCUGGGACUAGGUGGAGGAGGUGGAGGAGGCGGCGGUGGCGGCUGCGGAUGUGGAUGUGGAGCAGCUCCUGCAUGCGCACCAGCUGCAGCGGCACCAGCUUACGCUGCACCAGCACCAGCAUAUGCGGCACCACCUCCUCCAUCUGGAGGUUACGCUCUUCCACCACAAGCAGCUCCUCCAUCCGGUGGAUAUCCAGUCGCCCCACCACCACCACCACCACCACCGGCAUACUCUCCUCCUCUAAGCUCACCACCGAUACCGUCUGGAGGAAGUUAUGCAGCACCAGGUGGAGGUGGAUAUGGAGGACCAGCAGGAGGAGCAUUCUCCGCACCCGCAGGAGGUGGAUACGGAGGCCCUGCAGGAGGAAGCUACGCUGCCCCAGGUGGAGGUGGUAUUGGAGGACCCGCAGGCGGAAGCUAUGCUGCACCAGGUGGAGGUGGAUAUGGAGGGCCAGCAGGAGGAGCAUUCUCCGCACCCGCAGGAGGUGGAUACGGAGGCCCUGCAGGAGGAAGCUACGCUGCCCCAGGUGGAGGUGGUAUUGGAGGACCCGCAGGCGGAAGCUACGCUGCACCAGGUGGAGGUGGAUAUGGAGGACCAGCCGGAGGAGCAUUCUCUGCACCCGCAGGAGGUGGAUAUGGUGGUCCAGCUGGAGGAGGAUACGCUAAACCUGGUGGAGGAGGCUAUGCAGGAUCAUCUGGUUUAUCACUCUCUGCACCUGCAGGAGGUGGAUAUGGAGGUCCAAGUGGAGGAAGUUAUGCAGGAGCUCCUCCAGUCAACUCACCACCAGUUGGCCCAGCUCCUGGCGGUUAUGCAGCACCUUCCGGAGGCAGUUACGCUGGUCCAGCCAACGAUGCCCCAGCUCCUGGCGGUUACGCUGCACCUUCUGGAGGUGGUUAUACCGGUCCAGCUCAAGAUGCCCCAGCUCCAUCAUAUUCUGGUCCUGCCCCCGGCGGAUACGCAGGAGCCCAACCUGGACCUGCCAACGAUGUCCCAGCCCCGUCCUACGGUGGACCCGCCCCUGGUGGACCAGCACCUGGAGGAUAUGCUGGAGCUCAACCUGGACCUGGAUCUGCCAACGACGUCCCAGCCCCAAGUUAUACUGGACCUGCUCCAGGUGGACCAGCACCCGGAGGAUAUGCUGGAGCUCAAGCUGGACCUGGACCUGCCAAUGACGUCCCAGCCUCAAGCUAUAGUGGAUCUGCUCCAGGUGGACCAGCACCCGGAGGAUAUGCUGGAGCUCAAGCUGGACCUGGACCUGCCAAUGACGUCCCAGCCUCAAGCUAUAGUGGAUCUGCUCCAGGUGGACCAGCUCCAGGAGGAUAUGCUGGAGCUCAAGCUGGACCCGGCCCUGCUAACGAUGUACCAGCCCCAUCCUACACUGGACCUGCUCCUGGUGGACCAGCUCCAGGAGGUUACGCAGGAGCUCAAGGACCCGAUGUUUCAGCCCCAUCCUAUGGCGGACCAGCCCCAGGUGGUCCUGCUCCAGGUGGUGACUUCUCUGGAACUCAGGUUGCUCCAGCCAAUGAUGUCGCUGUUGCAACCGGUCCAAGCGGCGGAGCAUAUGCGGGCCCACAAAGGAAGUACAAGCGACAUUAUCCAUGA